AUCGUCUUGACGAAAGGAAAAAGUCGCCAUUGUUCUUGUCAACUUUUGUACAAGUUUUUCCGUGAUAAUUUCUUCAGAACAAUCCAUUCUUUGUGCUUAAGUCACUGCUAAAGAGAAUUCUACGUCCUCCUGCUCCAUCACUAACCAUUCGGUGUCACGAACAAUGUCUGCUAUGAGUCCCGAAUAUGAUUAUCUGUUUAAACUCCUCCUAAUUGGCGACUCUGGCGUCGGCAAAUCCUGCCUACUGUUGCGUUUUGCGGACGACACCUACACAGAGAGCUACAUUAGCACCAUUGGCGUAGAUUUUAAAAUUAGAACAAUUGAGCUCGACGGAAAGACCAUAAAACUACAAAUUUGGGACACUGCUGGCCAGGAGCGAUUCCGUACGAUCACGUCGUCUUACUACCGUGGCGCUCAUGGUAUUAUCGUUGUGUAUGAUUGUACAGAUCAGGAGUCAUUCAAUAACGUGAAGCAGUGGCUGGAGGAGAUUGAACGCUAUGCAUGCGAAAACGUCAACAAACUUCUGGUAGGCAAUAAAUGUGAUCUUACAACCAAGAAAAUUGUUGAUCACACAACGGCUAUGGAAUAUGCGAGUCAGUUGGGCAUUCCAUUCCUUGAGACGUCAGCCAAAAAUGCCACGAAUGUUGACCAGGCUUUUAUGACAAUGGCUGCGGAGAUCAAGAAUCGCGUUGGACCGCCAUCCAGUGCAACAGAGGCUGCAGGAAAGUCGGUGAAGAUUGAUCAAGGGCGUCCAAUUAGCGAUACCAAAUCGGGCUGCUGUUGAAGAGUGUGUGUGUGUUUCAAGGAGGGGAAGGAAGAAAAUAUGCACCAUCGGCAUUUUUAUAAUUUACAAUACCAUUCUUUUCUUUUGAAACUGGAAAUCAGAAAGAGCGCGAAAAAACAGUUGAGGAGUUGAAAGAGUCCCAAUUCAGCUACUAUUACUUUAACAUAUUACAUUUAAUAAUAGGGAAAGGAGGAGCAAAAAGGAAGCAUCAUGAAAUAAAAAAGAAACCACAAUUUUAAGAUGAACUUAAAAAAAGGAGGAAAAUUGAAGAAUCGAGGGAACUUGAGAGAGUAUAUAUAUAAAUUUGGUAUGGCAAAGAGAAAAAAAAUCCAGGAUGAUAUAAUCGAUUGAUCAAAGACGAUAAAUGUAUUUAAGAAAAAAUUAAAUAUUUCACACAUAAUGAAGUUCAUAUAAUUUGAGCAAGUAUUGAUGGUUGGCUGAAUGCAGCACUUUAUUAUUAAAGAGUCACGUAGAUUUCAAGAAGAAUAGAAUCUGAGGUGUGUAAAGUAUUCGAGGGCAUCGAUCGAGGUAUAGUUUGAGUAAAUGUGGGUGUACUGAAAUCUACUUGAUGUUUAAUAAUGAAAUAUAUAUAAAUAAAAUUAUAAUGAAUCAGAAUAAGAGUAAAUAAAGGAUAAAUUGAUAAAUGAAGUACAUUUGUGAAGAUGGAAAUUUAGAUUCAAAUAAAAUACACACGUAAUAAAA